GAUAAUAAAAAAACUAAAUCAGAGGGAAUAGUGAUCAGCUGGGGGGAGGAUGGGUUGUGGGUAAAUGAUGCUCCCAUGCUGUUCGGUGGGCUGUGCUGUGUGCGCCUAAUGAUGACAUCAGAGACAGUGUUAGUGAGAGUCUUGUACAGCAUCACACACUAUAGUCUGAGUAUUUACUGUUAUUUCUGUGAGAUAUAAAGAAGAAGAGACCUUGCAGCAUGACAAUAAUAAACCAUGAAACCCUGUCCAUUCUGUUUUCUGAUUUUCAGUGACUGGUUGUCACCCCCCCCCCCCAUCCCUCCACCUCUUCCUCCUCCUCCUCCUCCUCCAAGAUGAACUGGGGUGGGCUGCAGUCCAUCCUCAGCGGGGUGAAUAAAUACUCCACGGUGUUCGGACGCGUCUGGCUCUCCAUGGUCUUCGUGUUCCGCUUCUUGGUGUUUGUGGUGGCCGCUCAGCGCGUCUGGGCAGACGAGAGUAAGGACUUUGUCUGUAACACGGCCCAACCAGGCUGCGUCAACGUCUGUUACGACCACAUCUUCCCCAUCUCACACAUCCGCCUGUGGGCCCUGCAGCUCAUCUUCGUCACCUGUCCAUCUCUGAUGGUUGUGGCGCACGUCACGUUGCGUGAGGAGAAGGAUUCCAAGUACUCCGCAAUGCAUGAAGGGUCGCAUUUGUACGCUAAUCCAGGGAAGAAGAGAGGAGGCCUGUGGUGGACCUACCUGGUGAGUCUGAUCUUCAAGGCGGGCUUCGACGCCAGCUUCCUCUACAUCCUCUACUACGUCUACGAGGGUUAUGACAUGCCUCGUCUCUCCAAGUGCUCCCUGGAGCCCUGCCCCAACACCGUCGACUGCUACAUUUCCCGUCCCACCGAGAAGAAGAUUUUCACCAUCUUCAUGGUGGUCUCCUCAGCCGUCUGCAUCCUCAUUUGUAUCUGUGAGAUGGUCUACCUCAUCUACAAGAGGAUCCAGAAGCUCAUCAGGAAGAAGGUGGUAGAGAGUUUUGAGACGACGUCGUUGACGGCGCGGAGGUCGAGAUCCAAGUCUACGAGAUCCAAGUUGUCUGUCAGGGAGGACCCCACCAACACAGCCUCCAUUCAGAACCUCUGUAAUGUCAUGACAGAGGCGGCGCCGUCAGAGAAGAAGAAAUAAUAGGUCAUGUGACGCGGUGAAGCUGGAAUGGGGGGGUGGGGGUGAAUUGGGAGUGGGAGGACAGUUUGACCGUCUAAGGUCAGGAGAUAGCAUAAGUCGUAGGGUGGACUAUAAGCUCUAAGGUCAGGAGAUAGCGUAUGUCGUAGGGUGGCCUAUAAACUCUAAGGUCAGGAGAUAGCGUAUGUCGUAGGGUGGACUAUAAACUCUAAGGUCAGGAGAUAGAGUAUGUCGUAGGGUGGACUUUAACAGAAUUUUCACUGAACUAUGCAUGCUUUCACCAAUGAUUGACAUUCACUUUUAUUUAACCUUUAUUUAACUAGGCAAGUUAGUUAAGAACAAAUUCUUAUUUAUAAUGACAGCCUACCAGAAGGCAAAAGGCCUCCUGCGGGUACGGGGGCUGGGAUUAAAAAAUACAAAAUAAAAUAAAAAUAUUGGACAAAACUC